AUUGCCUUUGAGAGAGCCGAGCAGACCUCUGUCGUCUUCAACGGCCAUGGUGCUCGUGUUCCAUUGCCGGCAGACAUCAAAACUCUUCUUAGUCACCUCUCUUCAACUACGGCAGAGAUCGCAUUCCUUCUCUCUCGCCGCGUAGAGAGGUGGUAAAAGUGCAAUACUGAACGCUUUAUGCUUGGCAUUUGGGAGCCGUGCAAGAGGCACUCAAAGGGCAAACACAAUGGACUUCACUAAGACAGGAUCAAGGAAAGCUACAAAAAAGCUUCUAUCAUAUGUUCCGAGACAGAUAUUGAAACUCUAGGAGGCUGCAAAGGAAAUACGCCAGAGCAACUCAGUGCACAACUAACAAGGCUGAGCAAUAGACUGCAACAAGAGAGUCGAAGGUCUAUUUUUUCUUCUAAAAGUGUUAAUUUAAUUACUUAAUAAAAUGCAGAUACUAUUUUAUUCUUAUUGCUUUCGUACAGACACUCAGAAUCUAUUGAUGAUCUGCGAACCUUGUAUGAGAACAAGGAGCGUAUGAUAUUUAAAAGGCAGCAAACUUAUAAAGCAUUUCGCGAGAAGCUUUCUCUAUUUUAAAGAUUCAUGAGCAUGCNGGAGUAAGUUUCAAAGAAAUGCAAGUCUCCUGAAGCGUCAGCUGACUUGGCAGUUUAAUGGCCACCUAGGAAAGAAGGGGAUUAGUGGAAAAAUCAUAGUCAAUUACGAAAAGAAGACCCUUUCUGUCGAGAUUGAGGGCUGAAGAAGAUGCUUUACAAGAAAAUGUUGCAAGAGCAAAAGAUGAAUUCAAUAAUGUUGUCUGUCAGAAAAGGAUUGAUGAGUUGAAUGAACAAAUAACCAAGAAGAAAGCACAAAUUGCAGCAUUAAUGGAGAAGACACUAGAAUUUAGAUCUAAGAAGGAUGAUCUGAAGCACAAUAUUUCAUUGGCUACAAAAGAUAAGCUUGGUUUGGAAGAAGAUUAUGGACGCAAAAUCAAUUACAUUCAGAAAUUAGAGAAACGACAAAAGCUGCUCGACAAACAAAUUCAUGAUACUCAAGAGCAACACAUUAGAAAUACUCAGGUUUUCUCGAGGUUCUGUUCAAACAAUUCUUCCUCCAAUGAAGAAUGGUAGAAGUGGACGUCUUUGUGGCUCAUUUGUCAGUGACAUAGAGAGUCUUGAAAAGGAUGCAUCUUAUUUCCAAGAUCUUGACGAAAAAUCUAAGAGUGUGAAGAGGAAACUCGAGGAAGAGCUUAGAAGUCUUAACGAAAACAUGCAAAGUAUUAAGAGAAGGCGUAUUGAUGCUGAGCGAGACUGGCAGUCUAAGGAUUUCCGUUUGCAAGAUGCUAAGAAGUCAAAUUUUGCAGUAACUAGCACAACCAUUACGUCGAGUGAUGAACUUCUUCAGGAAGAAUCGAAAAUCGUUGAUGAGAUUCAAGAAGAGAGAAAGUUACUGGAACAAAUCCAACUGAGAGUAAAUGAAGCAGAAACCAAAAGAAAUCAUUUUAAGAUGUUGCUUAAAAAUAUUUGUGAGUCUGCAAAAGUGGACAUUGAUGCCUUGGAAAAUGCAGAAGGGGAGUUGAUGAAGAUAGAUAAGUAUCUAGAUGAUGCUAAAAUGGUCAAGCUUAUCCCUACAUGCAUACCUCUUUUCUUUUUGAAGUUUUCUUUCCAUCUGAUUUUCUCAAUUGGAAUUCCCAUGUUGAUUGCAAUCCACAUUUUGUUAUUUAGAAGUACAACCAUUAUGAAAACCUCAUGCAAGUGAAAGUCUUAACAGAGCUCAAGGAAGUGGAGAAAGAAUAUCAGGAACUUGAGCAUAGCCGUAAGAUAUGACCUUGGAUGUCAGAUAAUUCUGUCACUGAGACAACUCUGGAGAGUUGCAUUGCAUUACUUACCUCUUAAGCCCUUAAAACCGAUUUACUAAAUUUCAGGAAAGCUACAAAAAAGCUUCUAUCAUAUGUUCCGAGACAGAUAUUGAAACUCUAGGAGGCUGCAAAGGAAAUACGCCAGAGCAACUCAGUGCACAACUAACAAGGCUGAGCAAUAGACUGCAACAAGAGAGUCGAAGGUCUAUUUUUUCUUC